AUGACAGAAGCACAGUAUCUGAAGAAGGCCUGUUCGCUUCUUUACAAAAGCAACAGCAAUGAGGUGAAAGAUACCGUCAUAUUGACGGACGAGUUUCUGGAGCCCUUCCAGUUCUUUCGGGAUGAAUGGAUGUGGCAUCCCAGGAAGACUUUGGGGGGUCGAGGUCCUGGAGUCAACACCACAGCCUCACUCGUUUCCUCGGAGUAUAGGAACGGGUUCAACUCUAAGUACACAUCUCUACGUGGCUACGAUAUCGAGACAUCUGGCUGGAAGGACAGCGACUUUUACAUCUUCACCAUCCUUAGAGUUCUCCAAUCAUUCCAGAUUUCAGGCAAGCCUUUGCACACCGGCCGUUCAACGGCGUACAACAUCGAGCAGGCCGCAAAAGGGGUUCACUUGGCUCUUUCGGCGGUAAUGUCCUGGUACAAUCCAAGUAGGCAGUCGGCAAUGGCGCAAUUGAUUGAAGCAAGACUACCGCCGUCGAGACACACGGCUCAAAGUUCAAAGCUGAAGUCGAAGAGCAACAUUACCAGCCCGGUAUCCGACAUCAUCUGCUAUAUUUGGGCCGGCAGGGUAACUCUCGGUCGCAAUGGAGUAUUCAGCCAUAUCGACUACCGUAACGCACCUCAACCCGCAGCAGAUCAAGGUGGAGAUCCCGCAGCGAGGCUCUGGCUUGAAGGGGAGACGGAGGAUGUUGGGCUCGACGAGAAUGAAGAGGUUCAAACCACCAUCAGUACACCAUCGAUAUCACGGAGCACGACGCCAUCUGACGGACCGGCUUCCAAGCGUCCCCGGACAAGGGCUUAG